UAGUAGGAGACUGACACUUUGGGCAGGGAGGAGGAAGCAGUGGAGUCUUGGCAGGAGGGAUAGGAGGGUGAGGGUAGGAUUCACUAAACUAGCGAUAGGAGAUAUGUGGAAUCUUUAUGCACUCUCACCUGUUACAAGUACUUUUUUGCAAGAGUAAUGAUGUAAUAAAACUCCACAAAUAUUGCAUCCUUGCUGGAGAAAUUAUAUAUGAUGUUAUUGGCUACAUAUUAUUUUUAUUCAAAUUAUUUGAGGUUGAUAAUAUGUCAUUGUCCCUGCAUCAAAUAAAUCAAUAUGCAGAAAAUUUUCAAUUAUUUGAACCUGUCAAAACUAAUUAAUAAGGCAUGCUUUAGGAUUAUAAUUAGUGUAAUUAUCGGCUGGUUUUAAUAAAAUUAUGAUCGGGAUUACUGAGGGUUUAUCACCAAUUUAGGUCUAGAUCUAAGCACAAGAGAGAAAAGCCCCCUUUAAUAAAUAAAGUGAAAGGAUUAGGAAGAUAUAAAUUUCCUAAGUUUCAAGAAUCAGCAGAGGAUGAUAGCACUACUGGAAUUCACUCUGUACCAAUAGAAUCAAGUAAUAAAUUGAAAUACAAACAUUUGAUAUAUGAUAUUGAGACAGUAAAGAAAAUAAAAAAGAAAUAAAAUUUUAAUUGAAGAAGAGAAAAAGAACUUCUUUAAAGGCUUUGAUAGGCAUAAUUUCAAUAGCCUGCUUUGUAAAAGAAAUGACCCUCCUCAUUUGGCACUGAAAACACAAAAGAAAAAGAAGUUUAAAAUUUUACCUAAAACUAAGCUCCAGCCUAAUAGAAUAAGCAUCGAUGAACCUAAAAAUUUAAGCAUUAGUCCUCCAAGCGGAUCGGAGCAAAAUAACAAAAACAGUAGCACAAAUCUACAAUUUCAAGGAAUUAAAGAAGUUAAUGCUAGUAAAAUGGAGAGAACGGUAAAACCUCCUUUGCAUCUAAAAUUCAAAUCUAUCAUUAACUGAAAGGAGUCUGUAUCCAAUGAUCCUAAUGAAGCUGAACCAAGUUCAGGCAAAGUUAAUCAUAUUGGAGAGAUAUCUGAUAAAAAGAUGCUAAUGAUAGUUGUUGAAAGAUUUUUCCUUAAAGAGCGAAGAAAGAUUAUGAGCAAAAGGCUUAGAAGGCUGCCCCAAGUUCAUCACAUAAGUCAUACGAUAGACCAAGAAGAGCAGCAGAAUAUUUUUAAAGAGCAAGUUGAUAAAAUUAAGAAGAUCUUUGGCCCUACAUACAGGCUAGAUGACAAAGAAGGAGAAAGAAUUAGGAAAAGAUUUCGCCAAAAGGUAUCUCAGGAAGUAUAACUCAAAUUUUGAAUAAAACUUUGAAACAACCUAAGAAAAUGCCAAAGAGAAGAUAUGGAACUCCUUGUCAGAACCUGCCUUUAUCAAUAACUCUUAAACAAGAUCUCUCUAGGACUCCAUUGAUGAAGAAGAUAAACACCUUCACUGAGAAAGCCAAAAAAGAGCCUCAGCAAUUACUUAAUUUAAAGAUGAUGAAGAAAAUGUGUCAGAAAUAUAAAAAGAAAAUAGCUAACAAGCAGAUCCGAAGUAUGAGUCAU